ACCAAAUGUAAUAAGAGAAGAUCAAAUAAGAGAUGAUCGGAUAAUCGGUGAUCAAGCUAAACAAAUUAUAAUUCAACCAAAAAUACCAAUACCUCGUCAGAUACUGAUACCUGUAAUAGAACCACAGGUAGAUCAAGGAGCAUUGGAAAUAAAUGUACAUGAAGAAAUAUGUUCUAUAUGUUUAACAGCAUUUGAUAUUGAAAAUUUAGAUAGAGCAGUGAUACCAUGUCAAAAUAAUCACAUAUUUCAUUUUUGUUGUAUUGAUCGAUGGAGUCGACGUGCAAUUACUUGUCCUAUAUGUCAUGUACCGUUACAACCUGAUGAAUUAUGGAGAAAUGUAGUACCAGAAAAUAUAUUGAGACCGGACGCGAUAGCUUUACAAAGAUAUAGAGAAAUUCAAGUAAAUAAUAAUCGAAUACCACAACAAAUAGUUAUUGAAGAAGAAGAAGAAUUUAAUCAACAAGAUAUUCUAGAAUGUCCUAUUUGUCAUAUAUAA